AUGUCGCUCAAUGGCCUGGACGACCCCAAGGUCAAGGAGGCCCAUGAUGCUGCCGUUGCCGAACCAGGAGGAUGGUUUCUCCUCAAAUAUACGAGUCGCAAUGACAUCGACCUGCUAGGCCGCGGGAAUGGCGGCAUUGUCGAGAUACGGAACAACAUCGCCCAGUUCGAGGCUGAGGAUGAAGAUAAUUCGCCCUUGUUUGGUUUUCUGAGGUACCGCCGCCGAAACGUAAUCAUCAAAUACCUCCCCGAAAAUUGCUCCCGGUUGGUCCAAGCUCGUGUAACUGUUCAUUUCAACGCCGUCUGCGAGCGGUUCGCGCCGUACAAUACCGACUUCUCGAUAGCCUCUGCAAAGGAACUCAAAGACACGAAGCUGUCGGCUGCAUGCUCCCUGCACGCCGCCUCUGGUUCGACCUCAUCCUCGACGAGCUCUCUGCGACGGAGACGUUUGAUGGAAAUUGCCGAGGAAGAAGAGGAAGAACAGAGAGCAAGCAAGAGAAAGUCUGUCGGCGCUGAUGGCUCGACCGAGGCUCCGGGGCCAACGGCAGCUGGCGCUGCGAAAUCACCUCCUGAAGUGCCGCCACUAACGCUCAACGCCGAACUCGCAAAUUCGCCCGAGGAGAGCAAGUUUUCUGCAUCUUUGGAGCCGCCAGAGUUUGUUGGGGCCAGACCGCCUUCUCCUUCAAAAUCCUUUGACGAGGGACGGCGCAUGUCAUCGCAGUCCCUGAGACCUGAACUAUAUUCUCCACCGCUCCAUUCAUACGGGAAGCCCAAGGUCAAGCUUGCCCCGCGACCGUCCCUCGACGUUGCUGGCCGUGCUCGCACAGGAACCGCUGCUGUGGGGGCUGAUUUCCGACCAAUUUCCCAGAUGCCUUCUGGGUUGAAGUUAUUUUCCAAGGGUUCCAAAAAGGGAAAGUCCAAGGAGAAUACUCUGGGCCCUCCUCCCGAGCCAGCCCACUUGGACGAAACGACCGAAAUCUCGUUGGCCGCCACUUCAAUACCCCUACCCGACGGAGACUCCAUCUCCCAGAUUGAUGAGACCGUUAGGCCACACGCGAACUCUGGCCGACCCACAACAAGCUCGGGCUCCUCAAUUAAAUCCACGAUGCCGUCGCUCACCACCACCAUGCCCACUAAACAAGUCAUGACGCCCGAGAAGGCGCGUCUGAUGAAGGCGAUGCAGCUGAGGGAGAAGAAAAAGAUGAGCCAGCAACCCUCCAGCACCCCAGCUGUUGAUGUCCUUGCCGAAGAGUCAACCUCGGAAAAGACCCAGUCUCUUGAACACGCUGAGGAGACAGCCGAGUCUACCCUUGCUAUUGAGGUCGACGACGGCAGCAGUGGCGAGAGACGACUCUCGGUAUCAAAAGCAGACUCUGGUAUUGUUGUUGACGCGUCCUCGGUUUCCGUCCACACAGACGUCGCCUCUGAGUUUACUCAGAGCGACUCUCAUCCCGCUUCCCCUAUUAUGGCAUCUUCCGAGCCUGAUCACUCGACCAAGGCGUCGUCGCUAUCCGAUUCUACCGAAGAGACUUUGAAGGAACCCGAUGAGGAGGACCUCGCCGACCAGGUCCACGCACGCGAUGCACGAGAGGAGGUUGCACCUGCAACGGAACCCACGGCCGCCCCCGUUCUAUCUGAGGAGGAGGUAGAUACUCCUAUUGCUGCUGCUCCUGAGCCAAUGGAACCAUCGGCCGCUAGCAACGAAGCACAAGGGGAUGCCGAACCCCUCCCUGAAGCCCCGGCAGACGCAGCCGAUGACUGUCCCAAUACAAAAUCCGAUGCCACCCCCGACUCGGCCCCCGAGGAGAUUGUCCUCGUGGACGAGAAGCCGAACGAGCCCGAGACUCCAGUUACCUCGACCGCUGAGAAGGAGGAAGUACACGAGGGCAAGCAGCCUGUGGAACAAGGGAGUGAGACUGAGAAGGUAGCAGUCACGGAUACACAACCAGAAUCGCCCUUGAGCUUACCAAUUUCCAAGUUCUCCACGAGCCCACCACGGGCGACGACGCCCAUCGAACCGAGAGAGACGCAAGAUCAAGAACAGAAGCAUGAUGACGUGUUUCCGCCCGUUGUGCCGGCACCUGCGGAAGUGUCACCUAGGUCGCCGCCAUCAUCACAUUCCCCCGGCCUGAAGGUUCCCCGGUCCAAGUUCUCAACACAAGAUCUCAAAUCAGCUGCAAGCAUUGAGUUGCCUGCCAUCGCCUCCCCCCAGGGCGAUGCGCUCCACGACACCGAUGCGCAGGCGGCGGGCUCGGAAUACACAAAGAGGAAGGCGCAUGUGGAGCCCAUUCGAACUGAUAUGGAUGCUUCGGGUAAGCGGGCAGAGGGUGGCAUGUCUGACGACGAAGAUUUGUUGGACGAGCUUCACUCAGCUACCGUUGAGCAAGCGCAUCACGUUACUGUUUCCAAAUCGCCCAUCACGCCUGUCUUCCCUAGCCCCCCGCAGACCGUCAGCAGACCGACUUCGCGUGGCAUUGUCCGCACCGUCUCGAAUCCCAUCCGCGGAAACAUUGUCACUCCAGCCGACGUGGCCCAGGCUCAGAGUCAGAGAUCAAUCUCUUCGGGCGCUGCCUUCCUGCAUAAAAUCACGCAGCAACAAGGCAGUCAACACCUGGCCCCCAAACAGCCUGGCAAGAUCGGUUCGAGUAUCUCGCAGCGCAUCAAGGCCCUGGAGAGGCUGUCUGCACACGCACCUGGAAGCGUUGAUCCGGAACCGAGCAACUCGAAAUCCCCGAGACCUUCCUCGGCAUUCUACGCCGUCAAGAGGGGAGCCAGCGUAAGGGAGCCUUCUCGCCCCGUGUCAGCUGUCGAUAAAGCGGGCUGCCUCACUGUGGGCGGCAGCCCUGUGCCAUCAGCCUUACCGGACUCGCAAGAACUAUCCCCAGAGACUGCCAAGGUGAACCGUGGCAGAUCCGGAUCAGUGGCUAACAGGCUGUCGAUGUUCGAGAUGCCAGGCAGCAACCCGUCAUUCGGCCGGUCCGAGUCCAUCUCCGUCACAGCGCGAAUUAUCCGCGAUCCCAGCCAGGUCAGCAAGACGCCCGAACCGCCCAAGAACCCUUCCGAGUUCGAAAAACUCGAUCUCAAGUCGUCGCCGCUGGUCGUCGACCACCAGAAGGUUGAGCCUCCACUGCCACCAGCCAACCUGGCAACUGUGGAGCCUCCAAUGGAGACGAUCCAGGAUCGAAGGCUAUCCAAAGAGAAGCGUCGCUCUCAGUCCAUGGAGCCAACGCCCGAUGGAGGCAAACUGCCUCGCCGAUCAUCCCUCAGCAUCAUGAAGGACUUUAUCAAGGAUCGAGGCAAGUCGCUCAAUUCACCAGCUGAGCCCCUGACCGCUCCUUUGCCCAUAUCUUCAGGUUCGAGACCGUCCUCGAGGCCGUCCUCGAGGCCGUCCUCGAGACCACCUUCAACUCCCCACACCUCUGGGCCCAGCCGUCGCCCUUCUAUCAGCAGCCGUCGCUCGUCUUCGAAUGGCAAGGACAAUGAUGCGAGCAGAGCCGUGUCCCCAUCCGUGCUCACCGAGGGCAGUGGGUCUGGCGAUGACAACAAGUCGACAACGAGCGACAAGAAAAUGGGCCGUGCAGGUCGCUUCAUGCGCCGCCUCUCCUCGUCCCUCAGCAGCGCGGGUCGAGGUAAGGCCCUGAACCCCACUGCUAUCUCUCCGACAGUUCAAGAAGAGGAUGCCUUCGAAGUCGCUCGCCUCCAGCAACCCACUAUCGAGGCAUUCAUGGGAGACGUCAAUGUCCAAUUUCCUGACAACCUGUUAUGGAAACGCCGCAGCAUGUGUCUGGACUCUCAGGGCUUUUUGAUUCUGAGCACAGUUGCCUCCUCGACCGCUUCCAAAGACAAGCAGCCUAGUGGGGCUGGAGUCAAGCGAUACCAUCUUUCUGACUUCCGGAUGCCCUAUAUUCCUGACAUGGAGAUACAGGAGCUGCCCAACAGCAUCUGUCUCGACCUGGUCGAGGGCUCGGGCUUGCAAGUGGCGUGCGAGGAUCGCGCCGGACAGAGGAACGUACUACAGAUUCUUCGAGCGGCGCAUCAAAGCCACAGCUCGCCCAGCCAUUAA